CUUUUGCUUCCAUUUCUUCUCCAUUCACUAAAUGUUCUUUGCUCUCUUCCUCUUACUUAAUUCCCUACGUUCUCCCUCUCUUUCUCUCAACACUCAGUACUUAGGGUUUUGCUCUAUGAGGGAUCCCCUGCCAUAAAUCUGUGUUGUUUCUCCCUUUCAUUGGCUAAGGUACUUUAUCUUGGGAGGGAACAAAGAACAUACAUCUAGCUCCUCCACGGGAAAAAAGAAAGGUACUUCUCUUUUUAUUCACAUGAUCAAAGAAACCUAGCUAGAUCACAAACAGAGAAAAUGGCUUCAUCCAGCUCUUACAACUCUCCCUGUGCUGCCUGCAAGUUCUUGAGGAGAAAAUGCAUGCCAGGCUGUAUCUUUGCACCUUACUUCCCACCAGAGGAGCCUCAAAAAUUUGCCAAUGUUCACAAGAUCUUUGGAGCAAGCAAUGUGACAAAGCUCCUCAAUGAGCUUCUCCCUCACCAAAGAGAGGAUGCAGUGAACUCUCUUGCCUAUGAAGCCGAGGCAAGAGUAAGGGACCCGGUUUAUGGCUGUGUCGGUGCUAUCUCCUUUCUCCAGAGACAAGUUCACAGGCUCCAGAAGGAACUUGAUUCUGCCAACGCUGAUCUGAUUCGCUAUGCCUGCAAUGAAAUCCCAACUGCAUUGCCUGCACCACCAGGGGCAAGCUCAAUUCAAUCAAUGGCUCCUCGUCAAAGGCCGGUUGAAUAUAAUAAUAGAAGGAUGGGCAAUGAAGGGGGUUACUAUCAAGCUCCAGGCAUGCCAAUUCCUUAUACUCUUCCUUGGAAUGAUAACCCUUCAGGGGAUUCCAAUGAAGGAGGAGGAGAAGGCAACAUGUGAUCAAUUGAGAGAGAGAAACCCCAUGUAGGGUUUAUAGCUACCUUGAGGGCGCAUGAUCUGCAGGGAGUCAUCUUGGUGUGGUAUUAUAAGGUUUCUAGCUAGCUAGCCUCACAUGGACUCUUUAGCUAGAAUACUUCAUUAAGUACUUCUUCUAGUUGUUACAUAGUAAUAUAUUUGGUCGGUUUGGUAAUUAAUUAUACACAUGGCCUGCUAAAACCAAGAACUUAAGUAAUCUGCUUGUGGUCUUAGCAUGGUUAUUUGGGACCUAAAUAAGGCUGUAGAGCAUGGUGUGUGUGAAACCUUUGUUGAGUCAUUAGUGCAACUUCAGGCAUGUGCAUGUGGAGUUGCUACUUCUCUGUCAUUGUUUAUGUUUGAGAAUAAAUGAUAUCAAACUUAAAUAAGUAUAAAGAGGAUUCUCUA